ACCGCCAACAACUUCCUUAGCUCCAAAUUUAUGCGUUCAUGGGACUUUGCUCCAGUUUCUGCGUCUGCCUGGAGAGGCUGAGAGCCGGCAGACCCGCCGCUGCAGCCGGCUCUGACGAUGCCGAGGACGGAAUUGACUCGUUCAACCUCUUCUUCGACCUCCAGGAGCUGCAAAUCGCCACCGGUUUCUUCUCCGAGCUCAACAAACUCGGCCACGGAGGAUUCGGCCCCGUUUACAAGGGCUUGAUGCCAAAUUGUCAAGAAAUAGCUGUAAAGAAGCUUUCGUUAGAUUCCCCGCAAGGAGCUACAGAAUUCACCAACGAGGUGAAACUGUUACUGAGAGUUCAACACAAGAAUUUGGUCACGUUAUUGGGAUGUUGUGUAGAAGGGCCUGAGAAGAUGUUGGUUUACGAGUAUCUCCCAAACAAAAGCCUCGAUUACUUUCUUUUCGAUAAACAGAAAUCUGGAAGCUUGGAUUGGACGACAAGGUUUCAGGUGAUUAAGGGUGUGGCAAGAGGUCUUCUCUACCUUCAUGAAGAGACCCCGGAAAGAAUCAUUCAUAGGGACAUCAAAGCUAGUAAUAUAUUACUAGAUGAGAAGCUGAACCCGAAAAUCUCGGAUUGUGGCUUGGCAAGACUCUUUCCUGGGGAGGACACUCAUAUCAAUACAUUUCGGAUUUCUGGCACUCAUGGUUAUAUGGCUCCUGAAUAUGCAAUGCAUGGAUAUUUAUCGGUGAAGACGGAUGUUUUCAGUUACGGAGUCUUGGUGUUAGAGAUCAUCAGUGGGAGAAAGAACCACGAUGGGCAGCUUGAAAGAGAAAAGGCCGACCUCUUGAGCUAUACAUGGAUGCUGCAUCAAGGAGGGAAAGCAUUGGACUUGGUUGACCCAAACCUGGCCAGGUGCAAUCCCGUCGAGGCAGCAAUGUGCGUUCAGCUAGGAAUUCUAUGUUGUCAAGCAAGUGUUGCAGAAAGGCCGGACAUGAAAUCCAUCUAUCUCAUGUUAUCGAGCGAUUCAUUUACUUUGCCGAGGCCAGGUAAACCUGGAUUCCAGGGCCGUAGAGGAUGUUGGACAACCACCCCUACCUCCGCUUUUACCAACAAUACUAAUGCCAGUAGUCGCGGGAGCAGUUUUGGUGAGGAACAUUCUAGAAAUUGGAUGUCUCAUUCUUCUAUCGACGAAGGUAGAUGAUUAAUAAUAACCUUCAUUUGUAAUUCAAUUGUGUUGUGAGCUCCAUUUUUGUGAUGUAAAGUGAUAGUGUACGAGAAUCGGGUUCGGAUUCUGUUGGGCUAAGUUACGUAAAUUCUUGUGGGAUUAAGUUUACUUGUACACCAAGUCACUUGACUAGUAUAUAUUUGUACCUUGUGUUAUCAAUUGAAAUCAAUC